AUGGGGGGCAUUGGAGCAGCUUUUUCUGUCAUUUUAACAGGGGAGGAAAUGCCUGCCGUACCUGCGCUCAGAUCGACGGGGACGGCUGGGAGGGAGAUUUUACCAGGGAGGCAGCACAGCACAGGCAAAAGGGAAAAGGAGAGACCAACAACGCCUGGCGCACUCGGAGUCGAUGCUCAUUUGGGCGUCGACUCGUCGAGUGGUGGAUGCACCAACACUGACCUGCAUCGAGAGUGCGCUGGGGGCGUCGUUGGCUGCAGUCGUGUUGCGGGCAGCGGAAGCCGCGAUGGACAGGCGGUUGGGUUGCAGCGAGCAGCUUUGGGUGAGAGUGACACGGUGACACUACCGACACUGCAAAAGUCCCACGCAAAACAUCAACGAACCAAUUUCCUUUUCUUACAACUGCCACCAGUGUCUCCCAAGAGUCGAGAGGCCAAUCUUGAAUGUUUGUUUUUGAAUUUCACCUCUCGAAGCUCCAACAUCUCCCACACCUUCGCCGCUCGAAUUUAUUGCAACAUUUCUCAUCGCCAUCCCCAACCGGAAAGUCAAUAA